UCAAGAGUCAGCGCCAAACCAGUGGCACUAGCACAAUGUCGCUGGUGAGGAGUGGUGCUCUAAGACGGUAUUCAUCGUGCGCGCACGAAGGCGAGCAGCAAGCAAUGCUGGCCGAGACGGCGAAGCGUGUUUGCGAGACCAUCCGGACAACGCCGCGCUGGGAGUCUCGCUUGCUUUCGCUCUUCCCCUCCGCCCAAAUCUUCCACCCUGACUGCAUCCGCCUCGUCCUCUCCUCCUCCAAUCCUCUCCUCUCUCUCCGUUACUUCCUCUGGCUUUCGUCGUCGUCGUCGUCGUCGUCCUCACCGCUGGAUCCCACCCCUCUCAUUGAUUCCCUUGCCCGCGCCAAGGCCUGGAAGCCAGCAUUGCACGCAAUCCGUUCGACAAAAUGCCUCCCCGAGACACAAGUGCUCCACUCCCUCCUCCUCCUCCUACUCGACGACGCUGCCGGCAUAGACCACGCAUUCGACGUUCUCUCCCUUCUCGACGCGCAAUCCCUCCCCCUUCCCACCUGGAACGCUGCCCUCUCUGGUUCCCUGCGAGCUGGGAAGACGGACCUCUUCUGGCUCUUCUACCAGUCCAUGAUGCAGUCCGGCGCAUCGGGAGGUGAUGCAUCCACUGCCAGCCUCCUCAUCCAGGCCUUGUGCAAAGAGAAGAAGCUGUUCGAAGCUUGCGGGCUUCUCCGAGAGGCUUGCAGGAAUGGAAUCAUGCCUGAUGUGGCCUCCAUCACCCAAUUGAUCUCCGGCUUUUCCAGAGCUGGGAACUACGGCAAAGUCUCCGAGCUCCUCCACCUGAUGAUCGCCGGAGGCCGCCCGCCCGACAUCGUCACUUACCAAACCAUCAUUCACGGCUUGUGCGCAAAUGGCAUGGGGGACGAGGCAUUCCGCAUCUUCAACGACCUUAAACUCAGAGGCUACGCACCAGACACCGUCACAUACACCUCCAUGAUCGAUGGGCUGUGCAAAAUGAGGAGAAUGGAGGAGGCCAAGACGCUGUGGUGCGAGAUGGCAAGCAAGGGAAUGAAACCAAAUCACUACACAUACGGUGCUUUGCUCAAUGGUUACUGCAAGUCUGGUGAUUUCCACCAUGCACGCAAGGUAUAUGAUGAAAUGCUCAGUCAUGGUUAUAAAGAAAGUAUCAUCACCUGCAACAUGAUGAUCGCUGGGCUGUGUCUGCAUGGAAGAAUGGCCGAGGCUGUGGAUAUGUUUGAGGGAAUGACAAAGAAGCGCAUUGUGCCGGAUGUAAUUACUUACAAUACACUCAUCCAAGGAUUCUGCAAGAAUGGCAGCAGCAUUACUCAUGCAAAGGAUCUUUACAAACAAUUGCUAGCAAAAGGUCUACAACCGAGUGUUUCAACUUACACACCGAUAAUUCGGGCCCUUUGUGAAGAAGGCAGCAUGGCAGAUGCUGUCACAAUGAUGACUGACAUGGUGGAGAUCAGGGGUUUGGAGCCACUGAUUCGCACGUAUGAUUAUAUCAUAGUCGGUUUCUGCAAGUUGGGUGAGGCUAGGGAGGCAUUGUCAUGGUUGCACCGGAUGAUGAAAGGCAAGCUCAAACCACGAAAUGAUACAUUGAUAUUGCUAGUUGAAUGCCUUAGCUCAGUUGGGCAAGUGGAUGAUGCACUGUCCGUGUCCAAUUUACUGCUUGAACUCGGUUAUUCUCUAGGAGGAUCAGCUUGCCAUCAACUUGUUAGCGCACUCUGCUGCAAGACCGAUAAACAUACCACAAAAGAAUGGUUAGAGGAGAUCAAAAGACAGAGCCAGAGCCAGAGAGAGAGAGAGAGAGAGAGAUGGAAAAAGAAGACUAUAUACCAGCGCUCAUCCGGGGAUGUUUUUGCAGGGAUUGCAAAGAGUUUUUGAGAUUCGUGCAUUGCAAGCAGACUCAAAAG